AUCAACUUCAAAUUGUAUCUGAGAGAUCAGCCCAGGACCUAGGGGCAGAGACAUCAGUUGGAGCUCAAUUGUUGAUCUGAUCACAUCCGACGGACUUGCCGCAAAAGAGAAGCUGAGAUUUAAAGACGAGCAUUUCCCAUUCUCAUUCGGUGCUGCCUGAGAGAGAGAGAGAGAGAGAAACUCUUUCACUUCUUGCUUUGGUGGGCUAUUUGUUUUUGCCCUGUUUUGGCUUCCGACGUGGCGAAGGAGAUGUCUUUCCCCCAGCUGGGUUACCCGCAGUAUUUGAGUGCCUCCCAGGCGGUGUACGGAGGCGAUCGCCCGGGAGUGUUAACUCCGUCGUCCCGCGGAGGGAGCGCAGAGAUCGGGGGAAGCGCGUCCGCGGCGGCCGCUGCCGUGUCCUCGGUGUUGGGCAUGUACCCGUACGCACACAACUACAGCGCCUUUCUGCCUUACACCAGCGCCGAUUUGGCUCUUUUCUCCCAAAUGGGAUCUCAGUAUGAUUUAAAAGACAGCCCUGGCGUUCACCCUGCGAGCUUUGCUGCCCACACGAGCCCUGCCUUCUAUCCCUACGGCCAGUUCCAGUAUGGAGACCCUUCCAGGCCUAAAAACGCCACACGGGAGAGUACCAGCACUCUGAAGGCCUGGCUCAACGAGCACAGGAAAAACCCCUAUCCCACCAAAGGCGAGAAGAUCAUGCUGGCCAUCAUCACCAAGAUGACCCUCACGCAAGUGUCCACCUGGUUCGCCAACGCCAGAAGGAGACUCAAGAAGGAGAACAAGGUGACAUGGGGCGCCAGAAGUAAAGAAGACGAAGAUGGCAAUAUUAUAUUUGGGAGCGAUACUGAGGGGGACGCCGAAAAGAACGAAGAUGAAGAGGAAAUAGAUUUGGAGAGCAUAGAUAUCGAUAAGAUUGACGACAACGACGGAGAUCAAAGCAACGAGGAGGAUGAGGAAAAGCGCGGGGAGCUCGAGAGCUUGCGGGAGAAACGGCGCGCGCUCGCGCUGGAGGCUCACGAGGCCUUCGAGAAAUCCAAAUCAAACGUCAUUUCUGCCGGCAAAGAGCCGUCUGACGGAAACAACAACAACACCAGGGUUCUGUCACCGGGCCGACAGGGAGGUUUUCAAGUUCCGGUUAGCAAUAAGCCCAAAAUAUGGUCGUUAGCAGAAACCGCAACCAGUCCAGAUAGCUCGCAAAAACCUACGUCACCCUCUGUUCCCGCCACUCCCGCGGGCACACACCCGGCCUUCCUGCCCAACCACGGACUGUACACGUGCCAGAUUGGGAAGUUCCACAACUGGACAAAUGGCGCGUUUCUGGGCCAAAACUCCCUGCUGAACGUCCGAUCUUUCUUGGGCGUCAAUCAGCAUCAUCAUAAUCAUAAUCACCCUGUUCACUCACAGCAGCAGCAGCAGGCCUCGACCCUGGCAGCCGCGAACAGUGACAAGGCGCCAGAAGACCUCAGUCCAAAACACAUAGAUCGUGAAAAUGUCAUCAGAAAUGAAUCGCCAACGCAACCUUUAAAGUCAUCGUUUCGUCCUCUUCACGACAGCCCAAGAAACCAGCAGGAAUCAACACAGAGGGUCCUAACAGCUCUCUCUUCCGCUUGAUCAAGACAUUUGCCCCGCAAAAAGGACUGAUGGCACUCAUAAUGGGACAAUGAAAACGAAAUCAAUUCAGCAUAGCAUUCAGUUACUCUAAAACAAAUGCCCGAGUUUGAUUAGCACCCGGUGGAGAUGUAUAUAAUGACACCUGUGAUCCCUUCCUUACCGUGGGACAUUGGUAGGCUUAUUUUGUCUUUAUGUGUUGGUGUUUUCCUUUAAGGUGACCCACAUUUGUAAAUAGUGAGUUGACGGAGUUUGUCCAGAUCAUAUAUUUUGUCUAAUAAACUAAAUGAAAUUAUAGACACAUGCAAA